AUGUCCUCGAAAAAGCACGUCGUCUUCGUGACAGGGGCCACAGGCGCCCAAGGAGGCGCCGUCGCUCGAUCCCUCCUCUCCGCCGGCCACGCGGUCCAUGCCCUCGCCCGAGACCCGUCGUCGACGGCGGCACAAACCCUGUCUGAGCUGGGAGCGACGGUAUUCCCCGGCGACUUUGACGACCCGAGCUCGCUCACGUCAGCGGCCAAGGGUUGCACGGCGGCGUUCAUCAACCUGUCUCCCGUCUUCACCGACCCGUCUGGGGAAGCCAGGCACGGCCGGAACGUCGUCGCGGCAUGUCGCGAAGCCGGUAUUGCUAGGGUAAUCGAGUCCUCGGUGCCCAGCGUCGACCGUCUCGAACGAGGAGACCUCAACGGCGUGGAUAAUAAUCCGACGCUCAAGUAUCGUUAUGCCAAGAUCCACGUCGAACGCGCCGUCAAGGAGGCCGGGUUCGACAACUGGACCAUCCUCCGGGUCCCACGACUGCUUCACUCCUUUGUCGACCCGAAGCUGUCACGCAUGGUGUUCCCAAAACUGGCGGGCGACGGCGUCAUCCGCACCGUCCUACCCCCAGACGAGCCCCAGUCGGUCCUGGACACCAGGGAUAUCGGCCGCGCCUUUGUCCACCUGCUCGAUGACACGACUGGUCGGUACAGAAACAAAAAGCUCGCAUUGUCCGGAGAGACACUGACCUUUCAGGACAUUGCGAACGCGAUGAACGAAGCGCUCGGUCAGGAUAGGGUUCACGUGGAGUACGUCCGCGAGUCCCUGGCCCGCGAGCUGGGCAAGACGGACCCGAUCGUGGCUUCCGAGUUGUUAUACCUCGACAACCCUGGCUUCUUGCUUUUUGACGAGAACGACUUUGACUUCAAAUUGUCAUCGGCAAAGGAGUACUUUACGAGGGAGAAAGCGGCACUAGAGCGAGCGGUCGGCCUUACAUCAUAG